AUGAGCCAGGUCGAGGAAAGCAAUGAAAUGUUGGAAAAACAAUUGGAAGAAUUAUCCAAACUCAUGGCAGCCUUCGAUCUAGGCAAGAACCAUGUAAAUUCUGAUGAUGAGAAAUCAGAAAAUCAGAACGACUUAGUCUAUGGGUUCAGUUCAGAUGACGAAUUCGAAGACGAGCCGACAGACAACCCAUUCAAUGUCAAAAUUGAGGAGGGAGAGUCGUCAAAAAAUCCGUUCAAAAGAAAAAGAACGAUUGGACAAGAAAAGGAAUUUUAUCGACAGAAGUUCGAAAGGAUCCCGAAAAGAUACGUUCCAGAGCAUCAUGUAUGUUCUGAUCAUCCUCUCGAUAGUUUGAAAAACACAAACCAAGAACUAGUUGUGAUAAAUCUCAAGGAUCCUCAUAAGGAAGUAAAUGUUCCUAAUAGGAUACCUUAUACUAUCAGAGAUGUUGAAGAAUUUCAACAAGAAUGCCAAGAUUUGCUCAGCAAAAACUUGAUAAGAGAAAGUGCGAGUCCUCAUUCAGCACUGGCAUUCUAUGUCGAAAACCAUAAUGAAAUCAAACGCGGUAAAAGGCUUAUGGUUAUCAAUUACAAAAAAAUGAAUGAAGCCACUAUUGGUGAUUCUUACAAAUUACCAAGAAAGGACUUUAUUUUUGAAAAAAUAAAAGGGUCAAAAUGGUUUUCCAGUCUCGACGCUAAAUCUGGCUAUUAUCAGCUAAGACUUAGUGAAGAAACUAAGCCCUUAACAGCUUUUUCGUGUCCACCACAAAAACAUUACAAGUGGAAUGUUUUAUCGUUUGGACUAAAACAAGCUCCCAGUAUAUACCAAAGAUUUAUGGAUAAGUCUCUCGAAGGACUUGAACAUAUUUGCUUGGCAUAUAUUGAUGAUAUCCUUAUAUCUUCAAAAGGAUCAAAAGAAGAACAUAUUUUCGAUGUCCAAAAAGUUUUGACAAGAGUCAAAGAAAAAGGAAUUGUGAUUUCAAAGAAAAAAUCAAAACUUGUUCAAACUGAAAUUGAAUAUCUCAGAACAAUUAUCAAAGAAGAUGGGAAAAUUGAUUUAUCACCCCAUACUCAAGAAAAGAUUUUAGCUUUUCCAAAUGUUUUCGAAAAUCGUAAACAGAUUCAAAGAUUUUUGGGAUGUUUAAACUACAUUUCAAAUGAAGGAUAUUUCAAAGAUUUAUCCACAGAUAGGAAAGUUGUACAAAAGAAGUUUUCAGACAAAGUCCCAUGGUCUUGGACAGACUCAGAUUCUGAAGUCGUCAAAAAGAUCAAAAGCAAGAUAAUCACCUUGCCUCAACUCUACAAUCCAACCAACGAUGACUUCCAAAUCAUCGAAACAGAUGCUUCACAGCAUGUUUGGGCAGGAUGUAUGAGGGCUCUUCCCAAUGGGAAGAAAAAGCUUUCGCUCGAUGAGCAAGGCAAAUCUAUAGCUCUAUCCGGACAAACCGACUUAUCCGAUAGACCUCUAAAAAUAUCGGCAGAGUUUGAAAAACAACUCUUAUUGUGUAGAUACACCAGUGGAACUUUUAGUGACACUGAAACCCGGUAUCCAAUAGCGGAACUUGAAGUUCUCGCAGGAGUCCGUGUAUUAGAAAAAUGGAAAAUAGAUUUACAUCUUCCAGAUUUCUAUUACGAACAGAUUCCAAAUACUUUGCAGGAACGGAAGACUGAUACGGUGGCAAUUGCGACUGCAACAAUUCCAGCCAUACCUGGAGUUGAUCAAAUCGGAGAAAAAUCCGUUCGCGGACACACUGACAAGAUAAUGGAGCAAGAAAUGAAGCAGCUUCAGCACCAGCUAAAGCAGAGGGAUGAACAAAUCCAAGCUGCACAAAAAAGAUUCAACUCUCUUUUCUCGCAGAGGGGGGAGAUUGAAGAAACAAUAAAAAACCUGGAAAACUUCAACAUUCCAGAAGAAACCCAGAAGGAAGUACAGACUUCAGAGCCAAUUAAAGUUGCACAGGUCCAAGCCCAGCAACAAACAAAGGAGACGAACUCUCCUCCUGAAAAGGAAAAAGUUCAAAAAGAGGUUUCAACCUCAAGACUGUCUUCACAGACAUUGGAGAAGAACCCUCCGCCUAAACAGGAAAAGGUUCAAACUGAGGAUUCACCCUCAAAAGAAGCCUAUGUGAUCUUUGAUGGUCCGACAAAAGGCGUUUACAAAAACUGGAACAUUGCCAAGUUACAUAUCAUCGGCAAGCCAGUUAGACACCAAAAAUAUCCAACCUACGAGGAUGCUCUGAAAGCCUACAAAAAGGCUUACCAUACAGUCUCAACAGAUCCAGACCUCCAAACAGACAGAUCUUUGGGAUAUAGCAGAAGGAUUGCUACUCAGCAGUUGAUCCAAAAAAAUUGGAAAUGGCUAACCGAGUACUCGGAAGAGUUCACUCAGGAAUGCUUCUAUCCAACAAAUUCCGCUACUGGAGCAAAGGCAAAUUGGAAGAACUUCCGGGAUGUUAGAGUAGGGUACCCGGCGUUCCAAUCUAAUUGGACAGAUGGUGAUCAUGGAACAUACCUUGAAAGCCGUGAUCUUAAAUACAGUUCCAAGUCGAUGGAUGUUUCGAGAUGGGAUAUCGAAUAA